UUAGGUUCUUCUUCCCCAACACUUCCUUUCUCCAUUAUAUCCUCUCCUCUCUUUGUUUUCUAUUCUGAUUAGGGUUUCGAUUUAAUUUCUUCAUAUAUAUUUAAUUAAUUAAUAAUCUGUUGAUUUCCAUCUUUUAGGGUUUAGUUUAAUUUUAAUUUGGUGUCGAGAUUGAAAUUUGUAUUUAUUUAAUUUUUUUUAAAAAAAAUUUAUUUUUGGAGGUUUGUGGUGUUUUAUGUAUGGCGGGAUUGGAUUUAGGCUCGGCUUCGCACUUCGUGGCGCAGCUGCAGCACCAGCGGGCGGCGCCGGAUUCCGACGAUGAGUCGCACCGGAAUCAAUUUUCCGGCGAGAACGUGCAGCAGGGGUUGGAUCUGGUGACGUCAUCGGGCGGCGGCGGCGACGGGAUGGGGCGGCGGCCGAGGGGGCGGCCGCCGGGGUCGAAGAACAAGCCGAAGCCGCCGGUGAUAAUUACGCGCGAGAGUGCGAAUACGCUACGCGCGCAUAUACUGGAGGUGAGCGGCGGCUGCGACGUGUUCGAGGCGGUUGCGGCUUACGCGCGGCGGCGGCAGCGUGGGAUUUGCGUGCUGAGCGGGACGGGGACGGUGACGAACGUCAGCCUCCGGCAGCCGGCGGCGGCGGGGGGAGUGGUGGUGCUGCAGGGGAGGUUUGAGAUCCUGUCGUUGUCGGGGUCGUUUCUGCCGCCGCCGGCGCCGCCGGGGGCGACUAGUCUGACGAUAUACCUCGCCGGCGGACAGGGGCAGGUCGUCGGAGGGAAUGUCGUCGGCGCGUUGAUCGCGUCGGGGCCGGUCAUCAUCAUCGCCGCGUCGUUCACCAACGUGGCGUACGAACGGCUGCCGCUGGACGAAGAGGAGGCGGCGGCGCAGCAGAUGCAGACACCGCCGCCGGCGUCUGCGCCGCCGGGAGGCGGCGGAGCUGGGAGUCAGAUGCCUGAUCCAUCCGCAGGGCUACCUUUCUUCAACUUGCCUGUGAAUAUGCCUAACGGCGGCGGCGGCGGCGGUGGACAGCUUCCCUUGGAGGGUCCGUGGGCGGCGAAUUCCGGCGGCGGCCGGCCGCCGUUUUAGCUCCGAUAAGGUCAGAAACCUUUUUUUUUUUUAAGAAAUUGAAAAAAAAUGUUUUCACACCUAUGUACAUUAAUUAAUUUAGUUCAUCAUGGACUCAAUUAAUUAGGUAUUAAUUUUAAUUUCCCAUUUGUUAAUUGUGGGAGAUUAAAAAAAAAAAAAAAAAAAAAAAAUCUUUGGCUGUGAAACUUCUAUUAAGUUGUUGGGAAAUAAGUUUUGAGGGAUAGACUUCUUUUUUUUUUUAGACCGUCGAUUUUAUUUAUUGCAACUUGUCAUAAGUUGUUCUGAAUAAUUUUUAUUUAAUAUAAUUACCACUAUCCAUAUUAUGUGCCAAGGAAUAACCCAUUUUUGUACGUUAUACAAAUAUUUAUUUAUUUAUUUAUAAAAUUAAAUUAAAUUUAUACCAAUGUGCCAAACCUGUGGGCAUCCAUAGUUAAGGGCAAGUAAUGAAUUCAUUGCU